AUGUCCACUGAAGUGGAAUCUUCUGCAAAAAUUACAAAAAUUGUAGAUGAGAUUGCUACAUUGAAUCUUCUCGAAACAGCAAGUUUGGUGUCUGCAUUGAAGAUUAAACUGAAUAUUCAAGACGUGGUCAUGUCAGCCCCUGCUGCUGCCGCUCCUGCUGCCUCGAGUGCUGCUCCUGUAGAGGAAAAGCCAAAGGAGAAAACCAGCUUCAAGGUAACAUUGCAAAAGUUUGAUCCCGCAUCAAAGGCAAAGGUGAUCAAGGAAAUCAAAGCUAUACUUCCUGGUGCCAAUCUUGUCGAGGCCAAAAAGUUUGUUGAAUCUGCACCAAAAACCAUCAAGGAGGACGUGCCCAAAGACGAAGCAGAAAAAAUCAAAGCAGUUCUCGAAACUAAUGGUGCAACUGUCACCCUGGAAUAA